GUCGCAUUAACGGAAGAGAAGGGCCGUGAAGCCCCUAGUCCAUGGGCAACCUACCCGCCUCCGUCAAGGAAUGUCUGAGCGCCGGCCUGGACGUAGACUGGAUCUCCACCGGGGAGCUCUUGUCAUUAGGACAGCAGAACAAUGUCGCCCCAGCCCUUCCCCAAUUUGUAAAAAUUGUAGAAGUUGGACCAAGAGAUGGCCUACAGAAUGAAAAGGUGAUUGUACCAACGGAAAUGAAAAUUAAAUUUAUCAACCUUCUGUCGGAGACGGGAUUACCGGUUAUUGAAGCCACCAGCUUUGUAUCUUCAAAAUGGGUGCCCCAGCUGGCAGAUCACACAGAAGUCAUGCAAGGAAUAAAGAAGUGUCCACAAGUAUCUUAUCCUGUAUUGACACCAAAUCUCCAUGGAUUUCAGGCUGCUAUGGAAGCCGGGGCAAAAGAAGUGGCAAUUUUUGGAGCGGCCUCUGAAACCUUCAGUAGAAAGAACACAAAUUGCUCCAUUGAAGAGAGCAUGCAGCGAUUUGAAGAGGUGAUCAGAGCCGCAAAACAAGGGAGGAUUCCUGUACGAGGGUAUGUGUCUUGUGUAAUAGGGUGCCCAUAUGAAGGAUCCAUUCCACCAGCCAAGGUUGCAGAGGUGGCACAAAGAAUGUACAACAUGGGUUGCUAUGAAAUCUCCCUGGGAGACACAACAGGAAUUGGUACACCUGGGGACAUGAAGGAAAUGCUUCAAGCGGUGCUGAAGGAAAUUCCCAAAAAUGCACUGGCGGUUCAUUGCCAUGACACAUAUGGGCAAGCUCUGGCCAAUGUCUACGUAGCUCUGCAGAUGGGAAUCAGUGUGGUGGAUUGCUCUGUAGCUGGUCUUGGUGGCUGCCCUUACGCUGAAGGUGCCUCUGGCAAUGUCUCCACAGAAGAUGUGGUUUACAUGCUGACUGGUUUGGGGAUUCACACUGGAGUAGAUUUAUGCAAGUUAAUGGAAGCUGGUCACUUCAUCUGUGAAGCUCUCAACAGGAAGACCAACUCGAAAGUGGCUCAAGCUUGCUACAAGACUUCACACUGAAAUGGACUGAAGAGGUUUUAAGUUGCAAGUACUUAAGCCAUAGUAUUGAAUGUUAAUAUUGAAUUCAAUAUUGCACUGGAAUCCUCCUAAUAAUGUAAUGUGCCAUGGUGCAAUACAUCAUAGCAUUGCAUUUUAUGUGUGAAUCCUCAAGUGAAACAUGGAUGACAGAACUAAUCGUAUUUGAUGCUAGCAUUUACAUUCUGCAAAAUAGCAUAGCAUAGCUAUGUCAAAAGUCAAAAGUGUUUCAUUGUCAUUGGGGCUGGAACAAUUGAAUUCUUACUGGUCAAGUGGUUUUGAGAACAGAGGAACAGGGGCAGAGUCAAACAGUUGACGUCUUUGGUUUUGCAGCUGAAAGGGCUCUGCUCACGAAGUUGGGUGGACCUCUGCCCGGUUACCUAUGAAGUUACAAUCCGAGCAUUUGGAUGCAAUACAGCCCAGUCUGAGAUCCAUCCCCGCACUUAAAGUAGAGAUCAUUUAAUCACUCACUUGUGCGUGAAGCAGGCACAGAAUCCUGUUCAAAUUUAAUGUGGAUUAGUCCAGAUAUUGAAUGAAUGAAAUAAAGUUAUACUGGGCAAAACACAAAGUCCUGGGUCAGGCAGCAUCUAGACAUAGAAACAUAGAAACAUAGAAAUUAGGUGCAGGAGUAGGCCAUUCGGCCCUUCGAGCCUGCACCGCCAUUCAAUAUGAUCAGGGCUGAUCAUCCAACUCAGUAUCCCGUACCUGCCUUCUCUCCAUACCCUCUGAUCCCCUUAGCCACAAGGGCCACAUUUAACUCCCUCUUAAAUAUAGAAAAUGAACUGGCCAUCUCCCCUUUUCCUAGUCGGCCACCAUUUAGAUAAUAGUCUGUAGAGGGAAUGGGUAGAUGGUGUUUCAGAUCAGGACCCUUCUUUAAAUGUUCUGAUCCGAAAUAUUGUCUGUCUAUUCCCUCCACAGAGAACCUGCUGAGUUCCUGCAGCACUUUGUGUUUUUUUCAACUCUAGCACUCUACACUCCCUUGUUCGUCUAAAGUUAUACUGUGAUAUGAUGAGGAGAUUUUGUACCGCAUUUAACAUAGAACAGAAUGCCAAGUUAAAUACAUUCCGAAUAAAAGGAUGCACCAUUUGAAUGGAGAUGAGGAGCAAUUUCUUCACCUAGAGGAUGGCAAAUCUUUGGAAUUCCUUUACACAUAUGGCUGUGGAGGCUAAGUUAUUGAGUAUUUUUAAAGCGGACAUUGAUAGGUCCUUGAUUAGUAAAGGCGUCAAAGGUUUAUGGGGAGAAGGCAGGAGAAUAGGGUUAAGAGGGAAAAGUAGAUUAGCCAUGAUCGAAUGGCAGAGCAGACUCAAAGGGGCAAAUGGCCAAAUUCUGCUCCUAUGUCAUAAGGUCUAAACUAAUUUCCACUGCCUACACAUUAUCAAUAUCCUUCCAUUCCCUGAAUUUUUCGUGUGUUUAUCAAAAAGCCUCUAAAAUGUCAACAUUGGAUCUGUGUCCACCACUCUUAGCCUUGGACCCCAAACGCCUGUAUAUCAAUGCUGUUUAGGGUCAUGCCAUUAAUUGUAUAUUUUCCCCUUACAUUUGAUCUUUCUAAGUGCAAUAUCUCACACUUGCUCACGUUAAACUCCAUCUGCCAUUACUACGCCCAUUUUUUGUAGCUGAUCUAUACCCCCCCACCCCACUCCCCUAUAUUCUUUGACUGCCAUCCUCACAGUGUACGACCCAGCAAUCUUGGUUUAAUCUGCAAAUUUACUAACCAAUCCGUCUACGUUUACCCCCAAGUAAUUGAUAUAUAUCACAAACAGCAGCAGUCCCAAUACAGACCCAUGUGUAACUUCACUGGGCACUGACCUCCAACCUGAAUAUUGUCCUUCCACCACAACUCUCUAACUUCUGUCAGUAAGCCAGCUCUGAAUUUGAACAAGCAUGUCACUGUUAAUCCCGUGCAUUUAAAUCUUCUGGAUCAGUCCACCAUGGAAGACUUUAUCAAAUGACAUAUUUUAGAUUGGCGAAAAGCAGUGAUCCAUAGUGCUUUCAGGAUGGUUAUUGCUUUGUAAGUUGAAUUUUAAGUUUAGUUUAGAGAUACAGCUCGGAAACAGUCCCUUCAGCCCACCGAGUCUGUGCCAACCAGCGAUCCCCGCACACUAACACGCAUUGGGGACAAUUUACACUUAUAUCAACCCAAUUAAUCUACAAACCUGUUCGUCUUUGGAGUGCAGAAGGAAACUGAAGAUCUUGGAGAAAACCUACGCAGUCACAAGGAGAAUGUACAAAAAUCCGUACGGACAGCACCCAUAGUCAGGAUCGAACCCGGGUCUCUGGCGCUGCAAGUGCUGUAACCCCUGUCCCACUUAGGAAACCUGAACAGAAACCUCUGGAUACUUUGUGCCCCACCCAAGGUUUCCGUGCGGUUCCUGGAGGUUUUUGUCAGUCUCCCUAAUGGUUGAAAGUGGUUUCCGCUUCGUCUCGGAACAUAGAACAUAGGGAGACUGACAAAAACCUCCGGGAACUGCAUGGAAACCUUGGCUGGGGCGCAAAGUCUCCAGAGGUUUCCAUUCAGGUUUCCUAAGUGGGACAGGAGGAGCGACUCUACCGCUGCGCCAUUGUGUCACCCUUGUCGUCUGCCAUCAUGUUACUCUAAAGCCACUUACCUGUAUUCUAGGCAGAUACUUAGCUGGUGUCCAAAUAGGUCUCCACAUGUGUCUACUCUAACACAUGCAGAGCCCCAACACCAUGUGUUAUUGCUCCAUGCACUUAUGCAGCCAUUUUCUGAUCACCACAGUGAGACAGGGACUGGAUCCCUAUUUUGGAAUGUUACAUUUGUAGUCUGAGGUUCAUGUUAAAUGCAAUGUUAAUGAUCUUAUUGAUCAACAUCAGUGCAAAUUGUUCUGCUGCCAAUUGUCUGUAAGCAAGCAUAAGAAGAUCUGCCAAAUACUUCGUCUAGGUAGGAACCGUAAAUGUGCCUACAUGUGAACAAUCUAUUUUACUACUUCACUCUUGUUGUCGACCUGAUUCAAAGCGUUGCUCGGAUGCCAAAGUCAUGUGUUGAAUGCAUGUCAUUCCUUGAUUAACUUGUCACCCAUUUUUGUGGAAAAUUUCCCACGAGAUUAUAUUAUAUUUAAGAUUAAACCUGUAUCUGUGUACCAUAGCCUUAAAAUGUUGAGCUUUCAUCCUUUUGACGUCAAAGCUUUCAACUUUAAAGCUUUAAGAUUUUUGCAUGUGUGUAGUUCAGCAAAAUUAUUGUGGUUGUUUGCUGCAUUGAAAAUGUGAUCCAAUAUAUACUUUUUAAUAAAGACCAACUUAAUUUAGCAGAAACACGUGUGAUGAUGGUUAUUGAUUAAUUGAGACAGUCCCCUGGUUUUCAACUUGAGAACUCAGAGGCUGAUUAUUCCAUGUCAGUAAUGUCCAUUUUCUACAGACACCC